CAUUGUAUUCAACACAUCAAAGAUAAUUUUUCUACAAUUUUUUCAUUUGUUUUCAAUCYUUGAUCUUGUGUUGAUGAAAAGCAGAGGGAAUAUUUGUUAUUAUAGUUGGUUGAUGCAAAACAUCCUGAAAUGGCUGAGGAAAUAGAUGAUAGUGGCUUUUAUAGACAGGAUUUUAGUACAGUAUCCAACUGGGAGAUUUUUAAUGCUCAGUUAGGAGAUGUUAUUCAAAAAUUAAAUGCAAUUGAAAUUGAUGCUACCAUCGGGAGUGAUACCUACCAACUUAACUAUAAAGUAUACACAGAAACUUUUUUAGUAUAUAAAGCUAAAAUUUGUGUAAGUUUUUAUUAUUCCACAAACUCUGAACAUCGAGAGAGGAAUUCCAAAGACGACAACACGUAUAACUCUAUGUACUGCGACCUUAUGAAUAUUAGGCGAACUUUUGGUCCACCGUUAAAAACUUCCAAUUGUAAAUGUUUACAUGUAAUAUCUAGUUUAUUUGGAUUGCAACGAUUUGCGGUUAUCCAUCCACAUCAGUCAAAUCAAAAAUAUAUAACUAAUCCUUCGGAAUUUUGUUUUUUUCUCAGUGCUGCGACGGUUGUGGCUUCGGAAUAUAACACAGUGCCAAUAUUUGUUCAAAUUUAUCAACCAAAAUUAAACAUGUUUUUAGGAGUUGGAAUGAAUGCUACGCUACGAACUAAUUUUGAUAUUGUCGUCCUUAAACAGUCUCCUGGCGAGUGCCGUUACUUAUCUGGAUUACUACAAAUAUUCAAAGAAAAACUUCCGUUUAGUAAUGUGCAACCCAUUUCAUUAUCAGUGCGAAAUAUAUAUGCGCUGGAAACUAUACGGUUUCGUUAUCCAAUGAAUGUCCCAUUUCUUAAACGUUUUGAUGUAAAUGGUGAAGACGGAAUUGGAGAUAAAUACAAAAGUUGGGAUAAAUAUAUAGCACUACCAUGUGGUUAUUUCCCCGAUUCAGGUACAGAUGUAUACCUYGUUUACAGUUGGGUAGGAAUUUCGGAAAUUUUUGCAAUAGACUCGCCACUGCAUACUGACUUUAUACCAUCGAAAGCGCAUAUUUGUAAUAUGUACCAAACAGCUAAUGUGGAUUCCUAUUUGACGAGUUGUUUACGAGAUUUUUUAAAGUUAUAUAAUAGUAAAGAAGCCUUAGAAACAUUUGUAGGCCGUAAUGUUACUGAUUCUUCUGAUGGUGUCAAUAUGGCGGAUGCACGAUAUCACUUGACAAACCCUUCAAUUAGACAAAUUCGAUCAGACAAUAAAUUAAAUAYCAAGGAAGGUUAUCAGAGUUUAAAGAAAAUUGCUGGACCAUUAAAUGAAUCUGAACUAAAGUCUUUUAUAGCAUUUAUGUUCCCGGAUUUAUAUCCAGAUAACGAAAAUUAUUGUUAUAUAAAUGAUAUGGCGGCACGAAAUAUUGAGGAUAAUCCUCGUCGGAUAAAAUCAUCUCCAUUCAACUCUUUAUCCAGCCGUGUUAGCUGCGCACUAGUUACUUGUAAUGCUCACUUUGGUGGGAAAAAUGGACUUGCUCAGCUUUGGAUUGCAUUUAUUAGGGAGCUCCGAUUUAUAUGGAAUUGUAGACUUUCUAUUCAAGGGUUUUGUUUGGCGCCCUAUCGAAGAAUUUCUGGAGGGUUUCCUGAUACGCGUACUUGUCUGUUAAACCAAAAACUGCAAAUGCUUAACUAUUGCAUUGAGCGUUCCAAAUGCCGAAAGUAUGAAAGCAAAAAGUAUUUAAGCGACGUCGGCAGUAAUAUUGAUCCUGAGGGGAUAGUGGGUACAAACUUCAAAGAAGUUUCUGAUGAAACAGGCAAUGAAACUGAAGAUGAGUUCUUUGAUUGUACAGAAUAUGUUCCAGAAGGGCGCGCAAUGAGAUUGGGAGRUGAAAAUAUAUUGGAUAGUGACGAACCUUUGUACAUUCCUAUAACACAAGAUCCUGUACCAAAAACAGAGGACGAAUUGCAAGCCGAUGCAGAGGCUAUGCUGAAACUGGGUUCAGGUUUCAAAAUUCAAAUGAUGUCCUUUUCCUUACUCUCUGAUAUGGAGGCGUUUAAAGCAGCGAAUCCAAAGGGAAAAAUGGAGGAUUUCAUACGUUGGUAUAGUCCGAAGGAUUGGGAAAAAGAUGAGUUCGGAGUGGGACAAUUGAGCGCGCGCAUGCGAAUUCCUGGCAAUACUUGGCAAACAGUGUGGAAACAGGCCCAACCGGUUGCAGCUAACAAACAGAAACGUUUAUUUGAUGAAACAACGGAAGCGCUAAAGGUUUUAUCCUAUUUAGAAACUAGAAAUAUAGCUGAAAUAUAUGAUAUGGUAAUAAUAACGGUACUGCAUUCAGCGAUAAUAAAGUUUAAGGGUAUUUUAGAAACUGAGAAAAUAUUAGACCUUUUCGAGUAUAAAAUUGAAGCAUUACUUAAUGAUUUGUGUCACAUAUCACGCGCUGAUGACACASAGGUUUUUGAUAUUCAACAAACGAAAUCAAAAAUGGAAGGUCUAAUUAAGAGACUUGAGGAAUAUGAAGUUCAGUUCUACCAAUAUAAAUGCUUUGAACAACUAACAGGGUAUCCAGAUAAUAUAACCUUCGAAGAAAUUAAGUGCAAAUUUAAAGAAAUGAUUGAAAAUCAAAACAGUUGCAGCAUAAAUAAUGCAGAGGACAUUGGUAAACAUAUUAUCACAUCCUAUGGCAGUGAAUUGCACAGCAAUUUGGUAACGAAAGAAUAUGUUUUGCGAGUGCGAGCGAAUGAACURGCAGGACCACAUUUCUUACGGGCUGUUGUAACAGGCGAAGAAGUACGUUUAUGCGGCGCCUUUACCGAGAACACCACACUUAUUAAAGGAUAUACUUUUGAUUAAAAAUAUAUGUAUUUGAAUUUGUCACAGUGUGAAAUAAAUAAUUCCGAUGUUAAGCAA